ACUUAUAUAUCUUGUAAAUUCUAGUCACACUGUGAGUUCUAUAUUGGAUUCACUCAUUUACCAAACAAUACUCAAGAGGAAUAUACCAAAUUUAUGACCUGACACAAGGUUAUUUCCAGCGCCCGAUUAUAUAUAUACCCGGUUACUGUUUAGUGAACUCCCCACAAAUUAAUAAGUCAUUGAUAGGGAGAGAUUGAAUUUUAUCUAGCUCUUUAUUUAAGUUCAAUAUGACAGUUAAAUUAAUAGGAUUUGUUUUGUGUAUAACUGUGAUUAGUGAAAUUAGUGGUCGAUCAUUGCCUUCAUACAUCAAACCAUGCAAGCGAGAUGACCCUAAUAUUAAUGAGUGUUUAAUGAAUUUAUUGGAAAACAUUCGGCCCUAUAUCAGUAAAGGAAUACCUGAAAUGCACAUACUACCUUUAGACCCAGUGUUAGUACCAUCAGUGACUUUGAAACAAGAUUCAGCCGGUUCAGUUAAUUUCGUUGCAUUGUUUACUGAUUUGAAAGGUUAUGGAGCAAAAAAUUUUCAAAUGCAGACAAUCAAAGCUAAUUUCAAAAACCAAUCAUUGGAGAUCGACUUAAAUUUGCCUUUCUUCAGAAUCGAAUCCAGGUACGAAGUCAAUGGAAAAAUAUUAAUACUACCUAUUAAAGGGAAUGGCAAAUUCGUUGGAAAUGUUACUAAUGCUGAAGCAAAGAUUAAAUUUGAUCUAAUAAUUGUUAAAAAAAAGAAUAACAAAAACUUUAUUGAGAUUAAACCAAAAAAAAUAACUUUGGAACUAGGUGCAGUAAAAUUACAUUUCAGUAAUUUGUUCAACGGUAACAAACAAUUAGGUGAUCAAACAAACCGGUUUAUAAACGAUAAUUGGAAGGAUCUAAUGAAGGAGAUAAGGCCGUUGCUUGAAGACACUGUUGUUACAAUAGUCAUGGGUAUUCUCAAACCCGUAUUUGAGACAUUUAGUAUGGAUGAUCUAUUUCCAGUCUAGAAAUAUUACAUCUUAAAAUCUUAUGAAAAAAAUAUAUCCACGCAUACGUCAUGGCGAUAUCGGGGAGAACCUCUAAAAAAUUACUUGAACAUUUAUUGAACUUGCAUCUACCUAAAGGUACGUUUACAUUAAUAAAUAAUAUGGGGGUCAUAUCCCCCCCUCACCGGAGACCAAAUUUUGUACACAAU